ACCCCCGCCAGACGCUCGGGCCGCGCGCGCCGCACUGACCUCGGCCCGCCCCGCCGGGAAAGUAACAAAGGCGGGCGCGAGCCCGGAGCCCGGAGCGGCGGCGGCGGCGGCGGCGGGGCUGGCGAGCCUGGGCCCGGCCGGCUCUCCCCGGCGGGGGCUGCUCGGGAGUCGGGAGGCAGCAGCGCCUCAGGACGUGGAUCUCCGGCCGCCCGCGCCGCUCGGACGCCGCCGGCACCAUGGGCUGCUGCACCGGGCGCUGCUCACUCAUCUGCCUCUGCGCGCUGCAGCUGCUCUCAGCAUUGGAGAGGCAGAUCUUUGAUUUCCUUGGUUUCCAAUGGGCACCUAUUCUUGGAAAUUUUCUACAUAUAAUUGUUGUCAUAUUGGGUUUGUUUGGAACCAUUCAGUACAGACCUCGCUACAUCAUGGUGUAUACAGUAUGGACUGCCCUCUGGGUCACCUGGAAUGUGUUCAUUAUCUGCUUUUAUUUGGAAGUAGGUGGGCUCUCUAAGGAUACAGACCUAAUGACAUUCAACAUCUCCGUUCACCGGUCAUGGUGGAGAGAACAUGGGCCUGGCUGUGUACGAAGAGUGCUGCCUCCCUUGGCCCACGGCAUGAUGGACGAUUACACCUACGUCUCCGUCACAGGCUGCAUGGUCGACUUCCAGUACCUGGAGGUCAUCCACAGCGCCGUCCAAAUACUCCUCUCCCUGGUUGGUUUUGUGUAUGCCUGUUAUGUGAUCAGUAUUUCCGUGGAAGAAGAGGACACCUUUGAUUUCAUAGGUGGACUUGAUACACACUCCUACUACCAGGAUCAUGUUGAGUUAAAGCCUGUUAAACCUGUCGAAAUAAGUAAUGACAUCGACUCUGAAAUUCGGCUGCUGAACUUGACUUAGGGAACACAACACCACCGACAGCCCCACCGUGGAUCCGACAUGCCCCUAGUCCCUUCCGGAGGUUGUACAGGGCCUCCCUGCCGUCCCACGAGCCGCGGAGUUCUUUGGUCACAGCCUACGUAAUUAUCAGCACUGUUUGCUAGAUGAGUUCUAGGUGCUUGGGUGGAUCUAUUUUUAGUCAUUUUUUUCUUAUAUGAACCUUGUAAAAAAAAUUUGGUUUUUAGUUUUCUAACAAUAUUUAAUGUGAGGCAUGCAAAAUGAAAAAAACAAUCUGUGAAAACCUACUAGGGUCAAUUCUAAGAGAAAUGUCAGUGUGUGUCAUUGAGAUGUUAAGUCAGGUCUGCUGACUGCUGAAACUAUUCUAGGCCCAAUGCGUUUGCCUUUGCAGACAUUACCUGUGGUUGUCAGAUGCUAAGAUAGACUCUGAGAAUAAUAAAUGGCACAAACGAUGGAUCCAGCUCUCAGACUGAAUAUCAAUCAUCUUCCAGCACCACAAGACAAAACCUAGAGUCUUGGUUUUUGACUUCUUAAAACCCAGAACAAUGUUAUGGCGAUCUAAAAUUUUAGAUUUGUGCAUGAUAUCACAUCCUUCCUGUAUUCUGACAUAUAUGUGUGUGUGUAUGUUUAAUGGGUGCAUGGAAGAGUUAAAUGCUUAGUAGAACCUCUUUCCCCUUUGAAGGGAACAUGGGAGUCUCUGAGACCCAUAUUUUCUACUUUCUAUCCCACUCCUGACCCGUGCCAGAUCUAUACACACAGCCCAUGAACUUGUAGAAGAGAAAUCACAACUAUCAUUCUGGAACUUUGCUCUUAGGAUACUCAAAAGGAACAUUAAAAUACAAUGGAAUUCUCUAUAAAUGUAAUGAAGAUAUUAUGUUUGAGCAAUA